UCAUCAUAGAUUGACCCCGGAAUUGAUGUUCGACAGAGUAUAUUCAUUAUCUUUAAUGUAAAAAUCUACGUUGUGAAAUAACAAAAUACUUUUUACACCAAAAUGAUAACACGCAGUGAAGAGUGACCUUAAACAACGGGAGAUAUAAUGCUAUCAAAGGUUUUACAGAUCAGCUGUUUUGUUUCAAUUUUGAUCUGGAAUGUUGACUGCCUUUGUAACGAGACUCUGUCAUGUGUAACACAAGACGGCAAGGAUGGGUAUUGCAUGGGAGGACAGUGCUUAACGGAGGUUCAGUCCAAGCCAAGAUCAGACCUAGAGUUUCGGAUAAUAGCUAAAUACCCGGAUAUAAAAAUCAAGGAAACUAAAAACAAAAUGCUAUACAUUAGAGGAAAUGGGCUUGGUUUAAACUGGACGACAGGAAAGAAAAUGACAAAAACAUCGACUGAUACAUGGGAAAUAAACUUCAACUUUACGUCAUCGGAUGAUGGCUUCCGAUGUCAAGACUGUUCAAAUGACAUAACCAUAACUACGAAACUUGAAUAUCGAAUAUUGAUUGCAGACAAAACUAAUAUGAUUGGUGGAAAUUUCGCUGUUGAUUUACCCGUAUCAAUGCCUUCUUCUUAUUUCCACGAAAAACCGUUAUUUAAAGUAUAUCCGUGGUUCUACUCAAAAGUAGGACAGACCUCAAAUUUUUCAAUUAAUUCUACAGAAAUCGGGAAGGAACGGCAGAUUUAUCUCUAUUUUCCACCAAGUUUUAACGAAAACACCUAUAAGAAAUACCCGAAUUUGCUUGUCUUUGAUUUAUAUCCAGGUGGCUACUCUGAGUUGCUGGCCCCAAUUGUCGAUAAACAAUUAGCUGAAACUGGAACCACAAAAGAGUUUAUCAUCAUUGGAUACGGUGAUUAUCAACCAGACCGUGAACGGUUCUUUUUACUAACACCGGUUCCAGGAACUUUUCUGGUAUGCGUUAACGGAACUUUUUAUGAUUUGUGCGACAACUGCUUGCCAGUUAAUUAUACUGUUGAUGAAUACCAAAGGCUGAUGAUAGACAAAUGUGGUAAACGUGAUAACAUCGAAGGAUUUGGUGAUCGUUUACUUAACUUCUUCAUAGACACAAUGCGCCCUAAAGCACAAGAACUUUCGAAUAACCGUAUCCUGAUAGACCAACCUAAUACAGGAGUAUUUGGGUAUUCUCUUGGUGGCUUAAUGUCAUGUUAUGCUGCAUGGACACGAUCAGCAAUUUUCGGAUUAGUUGCUUGCCAAAGCCCGUCAUUAUGGUGGCCUAUUAAUAAUACAACUUUAGAUACUUGCGACUUUGAUUUCAUAAAUAACACUCUCAGAGACCAAUCUUUUCAACAAAGUAGAUUCCCACAGAAGAUAUUAUUAGAUGCAGGGAGUGAAGAAAGUGCUAGCCCUUACAGACUAACACAGUCAACUGUUGAAGCUGCAAAGAUUAUAUCAAAUACCGCUGGUUUUACCAUGAAUCAUAAUGUUUGGGUUAACAUAUACCCAGGAGCAUCUCAUACUGGUUUGGAAUGGUUCAGUCGAAUCUGGACUGCAUUGCAGACAUUGUUACCAUCUGAUGGUGCUCCACAAAUGCCUCGAAGUCACACAGAAGCAAGGGGAUGUGUUGCUAAUAAGGCUGCGACGUUUGUGACAAGUAAUUUUGCUUUACUGAUUUUUGUUCAGUUUGCUAGGAUUUUAUUUUGUAACAGAAUCUAGUUAGGUUGUCACAUUAAUGUAAUUCCAUGAAUC